GCUAGCCGAUGACGUCGAUCAGUGUACGAGAUGUCAUCGACGAGAUAGGAUCUCGUCUACCGGAUGUGCGGGUGCCACCGGCGUGUCUCUCCCGCGUCCUUUUGGUACCGGCCCGGGCCCGCGCUUCCGGAAGACCUCGCCGGCGGAUCAGCGGACUCUUGCCCGCCGGAGCCAUGACGUCGUCCAAUGUUUUAAGAUGAAGCCGCUGCAACCGGUUCGCGGCUCUUCGAAAUGGUGCGAGCGCAGCCUGCAUUCUUAUUGACGGGACGAGGAACGCCGUCGACCGCCCAGACGAAUCGAUAACCGGCGCGAGGUGUUGCGGCGGUGGAGGAUAUCGCAAGUCUAGCCACCCCCGACGCGGCGAGCGUCCGGCCUAAUCGCCGGAUUGAUUUUCGUGGAGCGACAACCGCACGGCGCGAUCAAGACGAUGAUUUGCUGGGUCCUCGUCGGGGGCUUCGUAGCCAUCGUGCUCGUUUACGGCCUCGUCGAAUUUCAUUACUUCCUGCGCAUGUUCCUCACCGUCUUCCUCGCACGUUACUGCAAAAAAAGGGUGCACAUUCUCGACGAGACCGUGAUCUACGGGAUCUGCACCACCAAUGACGUGGACGCGCUUUUGUAUCACAUGAAUAACGCAAGGUAUCUUCGCGAGCUCGACUUUGCGAGGGUCGACUUUUACGAGAGAACAGAUCUGUACCGAGAGGUUCGCUUUCAAGGAUCCGGCGUCGUGCAAGGAGCUGCCACUAUACGCUACCGGCGAUUCAUCAAACCGUUAACAAUCUUUAAAAUAACGUCUAAGAUUAUUUAUUGGGACGAGAGGAGUUUUUUUAUGGAGCAUAGAUUUAUCACGCCGAGCGACGGUUUCAUAAGAGCCAUUGCGAUUUGCAGGCAGAGACUUCUUAACUGUAGCGCUGACACUGUCAUUGGCGCAUUGUUGACCCGUAGAGUGAAACAGAACGGAAAUGUGGAAGCAGGUGUGACGCAGUUAUGUUCUGUGCGGCCAGAGAUGCCACCCGAGGUGAGCAGGUGGAUGGAGAGCAACGAGAUAUCCUCAGCAAUGUUGAGGCAGGAACCACUUCUGCUGACGACGCGCUGCUGACAAACGGACGUAGCGACGUCCAGCGGUGACGUCGUUUUGGCACCAAUAUAUACAACCACGACCGUCUAACAACCCGAAUAUCGGAAUGCGAUUUCCAUCCUUAAUUAUCGGUCGGACCGGAAGUUAUUCUGGCGGAAUUCCGGAAUAAAAUCGAUUAAUUUUAGUGAUUCUUGCGACUUGAGAGUUUAACUGGUGAGAUGGAAACUUAGCCCCAAAAACGGCCUUUCGAUAAAAUACAUGAUAAAAACGAUCUCAACACGACGAGUCUGUGUUGCAAUCGAGACGGAAUAAGAGUAAUUAAUGUAAUCGCAGCGAGCGAUUAUUUUUUCCUAGUAUUUCUAUUGGAACGUGCAUUAGCCGAAUUCUUAGAAAAAGAGAGUGAGAAUUCUUAAGAAGAGAAUGAAAAUUAUUGAAAUAAAAUUUCUUGUUGAUCCAACUGGCAAUAUAAUUAAUUAAAUGUUACAAUUGGUACGACGUUUCGACCCGAGUAUCAGAUCCUUAUCAAGUAACCGAACUGCGAACCAAUAUGUCACAAUUUCUUAAAGGUCGUAAGAAAUUAUAAAUUACAAUUAAGAGUGUACAUAUGUAAAAGGUUCCUCGUACAUAGAUGUUUGCGGAGCAUAAAUUAUAGCAGAUUCACAGGUCAUUGUCAAAACAGGAAAUCGUCAAAAACAUUAUUCUGACUUAACUUAAGUGAGCACGUUCGCGCGUUAUAAAGUGAACUUUAAUUUCUUACUACCUUAAAAAAAUUGUGACAUGUUGGUUUGCAGUUCGGUUACUUGAUGAGGACCUGAUACUUGGGUCGAAACGUCGUACCAAUUGUAACAUUUAAUUAAUUAUAUUGCCAGUUGG